AUGGAUUUACAGAAUGUAUUUCCUCUUGCAGAAUCUAAAAAUGGGCUUAGCAUUGGUGUGAAACUUGGUCUAGUUGCCAUGUUUGGCUUACUGGGAGUAGUGCUAACUUCAAUGCUUAUAAUCUGCUUCUUCAAAAGGAGAAGUUCCUGGAGAAAGGGAGACAAAAUAAAAGAAAAGAACAUAGUUACUCUUGUAGAGUUCUGUUAUCAAAAGAAAAGAGCUUUGGUCUAUAGAUUCAUGCCUAAUGGAUCAUUAGACAAGUACAUAGGCAACAAGGGGUCCCAAAAUAAGAGUUAUUGUCAGUUGGAGUGGAAGACAUUGUACCAGAUUGCAAUUCGCAUUGCUCGAGGACUAGAAUAUCUGCACUGA